UUCGUUCAGUCGAAGUUGGCAAAUGCUGCAGGAUGACGGUCGCAUGAUGGAGUUCGAGGUGAGCCUGUACGACUCCUUGGUUGAGAGGAAGGGUGCUCCAGGUGGGAACAAAGCGGGUGUGGUGCACGUCGCAUCGUUUCCGUCGGAUCGUGUCAUGCAAGCUGUGGCCAAGGUGGUUGGGUACUCCGAGACGGCGUUUGUAUCCAGGCGGCCUGACAACUCGAACAACGUGUACAUUCGGUUCUUUACGCCUGAAGGGGAAGUUGACCUUUGCGGACAUGCGACUAUCGCGGCGUUCUCGACCAUGCCACCAAGCACGACAUUCGCGAUGCACACGAUCAAAUCGACGCUGAUCGUGUCCACCGACUCGACUGGUCGUGUCACCAUGGACCAAGACCUUCCGAUCUUUUACUCACCAAGUGCAACAGUGAUUUCGUCCGUUCUAGAGUCGUUGGGGCUGGACGCAGACGACAUUGAUGAAGCGCAGUACCCCAUCACAAUUGCGUCGACGGGGCUGCCAGAUGUGUUUGUUCACGUGCGAAGUCGUACGAUCCUCGCUGACAAGCUCACGCCGAACAUGGAUUUGAUCGCGAAGGUUUCCAAGGAGCUAAGCACGAUCGGGUAUCACGUGUAUACGCUGGACGUCGACAAUCCAGAGUACACGGCCGAGUGCCGCAACUUUGCGCCACUGUAUGGCAUCGAUGAAGAAGCUGCAACGGGGACAUCGUCCGGUGCGUUGGGAGCACUGCUCUGCCAUUUGCGUCGUCGCACCGAUGCGGAAACGACGACCUGUCGCAUGGUGUUUUCCCAAGGACGAAGCAUGCACCUACCUUCCCGCAUCGAGUCAAUUGUGACGGUAGAUAGCGACGGUGCCAUUUCGCGGGUGUCUAUUGCUGGCAUCGCCCAGUCCUGUGGUACGCAGAUCGUGUCGGUGUCGGCGCUGCCGUGAGGAUUGGUCCAUGGCUGAAUGAACCAAGUCGUCUUUUUCGCAGGGCAGGGUUCGUUGAUUUUGUCUUUUUUGUGAAUUGUCGAUAUUAUGAUAAUUCCACACGUCAGUGGCAUACGACAUGUAUCCGACAAAUUGUG